AUGACACAUGAGAAUUUGAAGUGUCAGGACAUUUUCAUUACAAACGCAUUUUUAAUAGUUCAGCAGAUGAUUCCUAAUGAAGAGAGACAAUUUGCGGAGAGCUUAAAACAUGAGACGCAUCUUACUGAACACCAGGGGAGUCCUACAGGAGAGAAACCAUAUAAGUGCUGUGAAUGUGACAAGAGUUUUUCAUUUAAGGUAAAUUUUAUUCAACACCAGUGGACUCACACUGGAGAUAAGCCAUUUAAGUGUUCUGAAUGUAAAAAGGGUUUUACAUCGAAGGGAACUCUUACUCAACAUCAGAUGAGUCACACUGGAGAGAAGCCAUUUGACUGCUCUGAAUGUGAAAAGGGUUUUACAUCGAUGGCAAAAUUUAUGAAACACCAGAUGGUUCACACUGGGGUGAAGCCAUUUAAGUGCUCUGAAUGUGACAAGGGUUUUACAUCGAAGGGAAAUCUUACUCAACACCAGAUGGUUCACACUGGGGUGAAGCCAUUUAAGUGCUCUGAAUGUGACAAGGGUUUUACAUCGAAGGGAAGUCUUAUGAACCACCACACGAGUCACUCUGUAGAGAAGCCAUUUAAGUGCUCUGAAUGUGAAAAGUGUUUUACAUUGAAGGGAAAUCUUAUGAAACACCAGAGGACUCACACUGGAAAGAAGCAAUUUAGGUGCUCUGAAUGUGAAAAGCGUUUUACAUCGAAGGAAAGUCUUAUUGAGCACCAGAUGAGUCACACUGGAGAGAAGCCAUUUAAGUGCCCUGAAUGUGAAAAGGGUUUUACAUCGAUGGCAAGGCUUAUGAGACACCAGAUGAGUCACACUGGAGAGAAGCCAUUUAAGUGCUCUGAAUGUGAAAAGUGUUUUACAUCGAAGGGAAAUCUUAUGAGACACCAGAUGGGUCACACUGGAGAGAAGCCAUUUAAGUGCUCUGAAUGUGAAAAAGGUUUUACAUUGAGGGCAACGCUUAUGGGACACCAGAGGACUCACACUGGAGAAAGACCAUUUAAAUGCUCAGAAUGUUAUAAGAGCUUCAUAACUAAGGAAAGCUUUGUUGAACAUCAGAGGUUCCACACAGGAGAGAAUCUAUUUAGAUGUUUAGAAUGUGACAAGUGCUUCCCACAAAAGAGCGCACUUGAGGUACACCAGAGGAUACACACAGGAGAGAGACCAUACAGGUGUUCAGAAUGUGACAAGUGCUUCUCAGAAAAGAGCAAACUUAAGGCACACCAGAGGAUGCACACAGGAGAGAAACCAUACAGGUGUUCAGAAUGUAACAAAUGUUUCAGGUUGAAGACGCAGCUUACUGUUCACUUGAGGACUCACACUGGAGUGAAACCAUUUAAAUGCCCAGUUUGUGGCAAGGGCUACGCAGAAAAGGUAUCUCUUAUAAGUCACCAGAAGAUCCACCAUUAA